UGUGACAGCUGUCAACUGUUUAGCAAUUGGAACAGUUUUGUAAUUUGUUACGAACUGUACUUUGCUGUGGGAAAUAGGUGGUUUGAUUUUUGUAGCCAUUAUAUACAUGGGAUUAAUUUAAUUAUAUUUUUACUUGACCACAGUUUUGCAAAAGUAAUAAUCUUUCACUUUGAAGAGGUAUCAAAUCGAUAUCCAUAAUGACAAUGGGUGAUGAAUUACCUGUCACUUCUUUAGUUUUACCUGUUCUUAUACGCCCUGUUUUGACUCAGUUAGAAAAAUAUGACUUGGGAGCUUCACAAACUUUGCGAGCUGCUCUUACCAAAGCUGAAGCUGCUGUACCAGGACUUAACUAUGAUUUAGUCGCUGGUAUUAUGAGAAGAGCCGAUAUUCCUGUUAAUAUGAACGAAAGUUUACUUCGCCUUCAAGGGACACUCACGGAUGCUGAAUGUGUAGACCUCAAAUUGAACAGAUCAGAAGAAGCUUUUCAAGAAUUAAAUAAGAAAUCUGCCUCACUGAAGAAAAUUCUCAGUAGGAUUCCUGAUGAGAUUACAGACAGGAAAACAUUCCUUGAAACUAUCAAGGAAAUAGCCUCAGCUAUAAAAAAAUUACUUGAUGCUGUUAAUGAAGUGUCAACAUAUACCCCGGGACCAGGGAAACAGGCUCUCGAGCAGAGAAAAAGGGAAUUCGUCAAAUAUUCUAAAAGAUUUUCAAAUACAUUAAAGGAGUAUUUCAAGGAGGGACAAGCGAAUGCUGUUUUUGUGAGUGCUCUGUACCUGAUUUAUCAAACAAAUCAAAUCCUGUACACCGUGAAGAACAAGUCCGAAUGAAAUGAAACGUGAAUUAACAUUUUAUUAAUAAAAGUACCUUAAAGAAAUUUAUAUUCUUUAUUAUAACUAGAUUAUAAAAAUACAAAUUAAUUAUGGCUAUUAAUGUUUAGUUGUAAAAAAUGUUUUGGUAUAAGUUUAAAUUAAUUUUUAUAAUCACUUUUGGUUGUAGAAAAAGUAUUGAGUUAACUGUUAAGUUAAAAUUAAACUAUUUUAUCAUUGAUAUUGAAAGGUAUUUACAGAAGUAAUAGUUACAUGUUUAUAUUGUUGUUGAUGAAACUUUUAUUAAUACCUAUAUUUUAAUAUAAGGUAGAAUUUAUGUGGUAUAUCAAAAUUGUUUUGAAUAGUUUUUCCCAUAUAUAUUAAGUAAAAGUAAAUAAUGGAUGGAAUAUGGCUUCUUUUUUUUUAUAAACCAUUAAGAUUAAGUAAUUGGCACAAUGAUAUAUGUUACAUCUUGUUUUAUCUGUCCUCUAGAAUCGGGUAGUGUUAAAAGUGUAAUAAAUCUCAUUUAUAUA